AUGAGUACUGUUCGAUAUUACCAUACAGCAUCCGUAUUAACAAAUGGAAAAGUGUUAGUUGCUGGUGGAGACAACGGUUCUUCUUAUUUGAAUAGUGCUGAAUUAUAUGAUCCAUCAACAGGAACCUGGACCAACACUGGCAGUAUGAGUACUGCUCGACUAUAUCACACAGCAUCCGUAUUAACAAAUGGAAAAGUGUUAGUUGCUGGUGGACAAAGCGGUUCUUAUUUGAAUAGUGCUGAAUUAUAUGAUCCAUCAACAGGAACCUGGACCAACACUAGCAGUAUGAGUACUGCUCGACGAUAUCACACAGCAUCCGUAUUAACCAAUGGAAAAGUGUUAGUUGCUGGUGGAUGGAGAGGUUCUUAUUUGAAUAGUGCUGAGUUAUAUGAUCCAUCAACAGGAACCUGGGCCAACACUAGCAGUAUGAGUACUGCUCGAUAUGACCACACAGCAUCCGUAUUAAUAAAUGGAAAAGUGUUAGUUGCUGGUGGAGUAAGAGGUUCUACUUUGAAUAGUCCUGAGUUAUAUGAUCCAUCAACAGGAACCUGGGCCAACACUAGCAGUAUGAGUACUGCUCGAUCUUCUCACACAGCAUCCGUAUUAACAAAUGGAAAAGUGUUAGUUGCUGGUGGACUAAGCGGUUCUUCUUUGAAUAGUGCUGAGUUAUAUGAUCCAUCAACAGGAACCUGGACCAACACUGGCAGUAUGAGUAGUGCUCGAAAUGUGCACACAGCAUCCGCAUUAACAAAUGGAAAAGUGUUAGUUGCUGGUGGACUAAGCGGUUCUUAUUUGAAUAGUGCUGAAUUAUAUGAUCCAUCAACUGGAACCUGGACCAACACUAGCAGUAUGAGUACUGCUCGAUAUCGGCACACAGCAUCCGAAUUAACAAAUGGAAAAGUGUUAGUUGCUGGUGGAUGGAGUGGUUUUUAUUUGAAUAGUGCUGAAUUAUAUCAACCAUAA